CAUCCGCUUCUGUUGACCGGCGAUGUCGAUGCAGAUGGACGUGGACGGGCAGCCGAGCGAACUGCAGGGGGAGGCUGAUGAUCCGGAAAAUUAUACGCCGGAGAAUGAAAUCUGCGGCAUUUGUAGAGAUAUUGUCAUCGAUAGAGGACUUUUGGAUGGUUGCCAACACUGGUUCUGCUAUACAUGCAUAGACAACUGGUCUGCCAUCAUAAACCGCUGCCCCCUCUGCAAAGUUGAAUUUCAGCAUAUAACAUCCACUCCAGUAUAUGAUAGUACUGGAGCUGGUGUUGAAGACAAUCAACCUUUAACAAGUGAGGAUGAUGAUUGGUAUGUGCAAGGCGAAAGUAGCACACUUUCUUUCCCAUCAUACUAUAUCGAUGCAACCGCAGUUAUUUGUUUGGAUGGUGAUGAUUGCAUCAUUAGGAGUGGACUUGUGGCAGCUGAGGAUGAUUCAACUUUAGAUACAUCAAUUGCUUGUGAUUCUUGUGAUCUGUGGUAUCAUGCGAUAUGUGUGGGCUUUAAUCCAGAAACUACAUCUGAAGAUUCGUGGUUGUGCCCAAGGUGCGUAGUUACUGACGCGAAAAACAAGUCAGAUGUUAUCCUGAAGCAAAGCAUCAGUGAUGUUUCUGAUAGAACAUCUACUGAUGCAUUAUUUUCUGGGAAGGUGUCGGUAUCUGUUGCCGAUGAUGGUGAAACUGCUCUUGUUGUCUCAGUGGUUGGUGUAAAUUCUGGAAGUAAGAGUGCUUUAUUAGAAGGUUCACUCAGCUCGAAGACAGUGCAAGAAGCAUUUCCUAGCAAUUCGUAUCCAAGCUAUUCCCAAGAUCAUUUAUCACCUGAUUCUGUUGUGAAUGGCUGUAUCCUGAGGAACAAAGAUAGUUCAUGUAGAUCUCAGGAUAAAUCUUUGGAAAUUAAUCUUGCUGCCAUGGUUUCUUCUGAUCCAACAAAAAGAUCAUCAGAACUUUCGCCAAUACAUGAGUCAGCAUGUAGCUUAUCUGGCGCAGAGCAUGGUAAUCUUUUGGAUGAAGGAUCAGAAAUACCACAACAUGUGCCAUCUUAUUCAUUAUUAUGUGGAAAUAAGGAGGCUGAAAGUACAGGAGAGGAGAUUGCGCUACCUACAAGCAGUAAUGAAAAAUCUCCUGCCAUCAAAUCUGCACAACUUUCUUCAGCAACUAGUAAGGUGGAAAUAUCGACUGACAUUGAUAUGAUCAACACAGACACAGAUCAGCAGGUGAAAAGUGACCAGGACACCCAGUUGCAACCCAUGCGGGAUAUACAUAAUACCAGUGACAUGGAAUCAGGAAGUGAAAAUAACCAUCCUGCGAAGAAGGCAAGAUUGGAAGUGCCAGAUCAGGAAAUGCAUCUCAUUGCGAACUCCGGCAUUUCUUCAACUGACUGUCACACUACUUCUACCGCAGCCAAAGCUGUUACCAGUGAUACGUCAAAUAUUGUCACACAGGAUAAAUAUGUCCCGGUCCCUGAUAUAAUGAGUAUAGUUGAAGGAAAUAGCUACAUGAGAGAUCCUGGGAGGGAGCUGGCAAAGCCUGUAGGCAGAAGGGCAGGAGAUAAGCCUGGUCUUAGAAUGAAGAAGAUUUUCCAUAAGGAAGGAAAAGAAUCAUCUGUUGCAGUUCAAAAGCUACAACAAGAGAUAAGGGAAGUAGUUAGAGAUAAUGGUAUUGGUAUACUCGAGAAGGAUAAUGGUUUUGAUGAAAAACUUUUGACUGCAUUCCGUGCAGCAAUUGGGAAGUCAAUGGAUGGACCAGACAAAAGACCCAAUGCUUCGCUCUUAAGGAAGUCUUUGCUUCAAAAGGGAAAGAUACGUGAGAAUCUGACCAAAAAGUUAUAUGCAACAUCCACAGGGAGGAGAAGAAGUGCAUGGCACCGUGACAGGGAAGUUGACUUCUGGAAACAUCGUUGCUCCCCAGGGAUAAAUCCUGAAAAGAUUGAGACACUGCAAUCAGUACUUCAGCUACUCAAGAAAUCCUCAGAGACUACUGGCACACGCAAAGAAAGUGCUGAAGAGAAGAAAGCUUUUUUGUCCAGGUUAUAUCUGGCUGAUGCAUCAAUUGUUCCCAGGAAGAGUGACAUAAAACCUCUCUCUGCCCUUGAAGGAUGCCCACCGUUGGAUAAAAAUAGCCAAAUCAAAGUUAUCGAUGGUAAAUCAACAAAUAAACCUUCACCAGUAACUGCGACUACAAAAGUAAAUGCACCCAACAACACAGAGAAAGUACUGUGUUCUUUGACCCUGAAAAAAGAAGCAUCGAGCAGAAGAGAAAACAAAAAUGCUCAGGCAUCACAGACUCAACAAAGCCAGUCUGCUGGUGAUGUGAAGGAUGACAAAAGAAAAUGGGCUCUUGAGGUCCUGGCAAGAAAAAAUGCCAGCUCUAUUGCUAGCAAAGAUCAAACAGAAGGCACUGAUGAUCUCAACAGGAACUACCCUCUACUAGCAAAACUUCCCCUGGAUAUGAGGCCGCAGCUCACAAUGGGCCGCCAAAAGAAAGUUCCUAUAGUGGUUAGACAGGCACAACUUUACCGCAUCGCUGAGCAUUAUCUGCAGAGAGCGAAUUUGGAUGUUAUUCGAAGAUGUGCAGAUACUGAAUUAGCUAUUGCUGAUGCUGUCAAUGUAGAAUAUGAUAUUUACGGAAGGUCCAGUAGCAAAUCAGUUUAUGUGAAUCUUUGCUCUCAGGCCACUCGCCAGUCUGCCGAGGCAAAACCCGAGGAUGAUGCUUCGACUCUAACCGAAAACACUGAAAUUAGCUGUGAUCUGUUAUCGCCGCAGAUUAGAACUGAAAGUACCAGCAUUGGUAGCAGUGAUGUGGAAGAAGCAAUGGGCAGAGCAGGCCUUUUGGAUCUUCCUGCUACUGCCAGACAAGCUGAUGAGAGUGAACUAGAUGGUGUUCCUGAGCAAAAUGUGCGUGAACAUACUGUUAGUUUCAACAGCGUUGAAGAAGCACUAAAAAGAGCAGGCCUCUUUGAUUCCCCUCCUAGCAGUCCUGAGAGGAAAAUGACCACAGCUGAAGGUAAUUCCAGUGCAGUUUCUGGUUGUCCAAUUAUUGCACAGCAAAAGGUUACAAGUGCAGAGGAUACUUCUGUGGUGAAUUUUGACUCUGGACCGAGCAAAAGUUCUGAUUCUAGGGUGACCCCACAUAAAGGUGACGGCGAUUCGUCGGUGCAGGCUCUGGCUGACGCAAAUUGUCAAAUCCUCGAUGCAGUGAUGUCCUGUCAGCAACCAAAAUGUAAUUCCGUGGAGGAUCAGAAAUCGAUACCCAGCAGAGAAACUACAGAUGCAACAACAGCAGCAAAUAAAACAUGUUCAGUGAACCUGGCGGAAGCUGAUAGAUGUAACACCGUAUGCGAAGAAACAAGUCAAACAGAUAAGGGAACUGUAGUUGAGAUGCCCGAUGGAGGUACCGCCAGGCAGGAGGAGAAGUUGAAAGAGAUGGAUGUAGCAGCGAAUGACUCGCAUAGUCAAUCUCGCGUUGGGAAUAAUUCGCCGAAAGAAGGUGAGGCAACCAGCCAGCCAACGAAGUUGGAGUCCAGCAGUAAAGAGAGACCUCGCAGUGAUAGCCAAGAGUCGAACAGUAAACGUUCCAAGGGAGACAAGUCAUCCACCCGCCGCCCAGCACCUGAUCCAGGCAAUGGCAACAAAGCGUCACAUUCAUCUAGUUCUGUGUAUAAGAAGGUUGAGAUGUUUGUGAAAGAGAACAUCAGGCCGCUCUGCAAGAGCGGUGUGAUUACUGUGGAGCAGUACAGGUGGGCUGUUGGCAAGACGGCGGAGAAGGUCAUGAAGCACCACUCCGAGGCUCAGAAUGCCAACUUCCUGAUCAAGGAGGGCGACAAGGUGAAGAAGCUCGCGCUGCAGUAUGUCGAGGCGGCUCAGCAGCAGAUCAAUUGAUUGGUUGACCACCCUGGGCUACAACUGGAAUGCAAUGAGGAGCAGCAGUUGCCGUGGUUGUGCAAUUCGUGAACUCCACACAUGGUCAGAUUGACCAUUUCAAAAGAGCAUUUACCUGAUUAGCUCUACAACAUUUUGUAUGGAUCGCAAAGUAGAAACAACUUUAUCCUCGAGUUUACAUACUUAGGCUUGAGCUGUCCGUUGAUCUAGUGGGAAACAAGGGAAGAAGUUGGGAUA